CCUCUGGCGGUGCUGGCGAGCUGUGCGCUCUGGCCUCCAUGGGGCCGCGUUUUACACUCUUGUUGGCUGCUCUGGCCGACUGCCUGUGUCCGGCGAGGCCCUGCAUCAUAUGUGACCCGUUUGUAGUGGCCGCGCUAAAGACUUUGGAGCAGAGUUACCUGCCUGGCCACCUGGCACCCGAGCAUCACGAAAACGUAAUGAAGAGGGUAGAGCAGGCGGUGAAGGACUUCAAGGAUCUGCCUUUGAAUAAGGAUUCCUAUGUGGGGGCUGUGGAUGAGGACACACUGGAACAGGCAUCCUGGAGUUUUCUGAAGGAUCUGAAACGUAUCACGGACAGUGAUGUAAAAGGAGAGCUCUUUGUAAAGGAAUUAUUCUGGAUGCUCCGUUUGCAAAAGGACAUCUUCGCCACUCUUGCCACGCGUUUCCAAAAAGAAGUUUAUUGUCCCAACCAAUGUGGCACGAUGUUGCAGACUCUGAUCUGGUGCAAUAGGUGUGAGAAGCAGAUCCACUCUUGUCGGAAAUCCAUGGAUUGCGGGGAGCGCCGGAUAGAGGUGCAUCGCUUGGAAGACAUGAUCCUGGACUGCCAGCUCAGUUGGCAUCACGCUUCUGAGGGACUUACGGAUUACAGUUUUUACAGGGUUUGGGGGAACAGUUCUGAGACCUUGAUGUCCAAGGGGAAAGAACCCUACAUGACCAAGACGAUGGUGGGUCCAGAGGAUGCCGGCAACUACCGCUGCGAACUGGGAACCAUCAAUGCUGGCCCUGCCACUAUUAUCCAUUUUCGUGUCAUAGUAUUACCACAAAGGGCAAUGGAGGAAAAACCACCACCAAACAUCAUAACCCAGGAGGAGGAGGCCCCUGGCCAGGUGAUUGCAGAGACCCCGGUGUCCAUAAUUCCGAUGGACCAUUCGAAACCAGAAGGAAAUCUGAAACACCGACUCUUAAUACUGUUGAUCCUUGGCUUCAUAGUUCUGGUGGCCAGCAUCAUUGCCUUGUGA